UAUCGAUUUUAGAGGUUUCGUCUCCUGUCUCUAGUCUCUAGUCUCUAGCUCUCUACUGAACCAACUUUGAAAAGCUUCAACAAUCCUCGUAUACCUGCUGAUUGAGUGAUGGCUUUCAAAGCAAACUGAGUUCUAUUACAAAUUUUUUCCGAGAUUUCUCCAUCAAAUCAAAGUCGCUCUUCAAUCCAAGAUUAUCUCUGUAAGUUUAAUUCUUCGUUAUUUCGAAUGAACCCAUUUUUUAGGAGAAAUAUUUGCUAUUUUCUUAAGAAUAAAUUCAUUAAUAAUGAAGUUUUUAGCUUGAAAUCAUUGUACAAUGCGAAAAUCCCAAAUCCUAGAAAUACCCAGUUCGGAAAAUCCCCAGUUUUUGAUUCUAGGGUUUAUGGGGUUUAUUGGGUUCGUUCAUUUUCGACGCAAUCUAAUAAUAAACUUUCUGAAUAUGAAAUGCCGUCUGUUACUUGGGGAGUUGUUCAAGGUCGCAAAGAAAGGCUUGUUUCAAAAGUUAUUAUAUGUGAUUAUUUAAAGACUUUGGGGAUUAUUACUGAUGAAUUAGAGGAUAUUGAGUUGCCCUCUACUGUUGAUGUUAUGAGGGAAAGAGUGGAAUUUUUGCAGAAGUUAGGGUUGAGUAUUGACGAUAUUAAUGAGUAUCCAUUGAUGCUUGGUUGUAGUGUUCGAAAGAAUAUGAUCCCGGUGUUGGGGUAUUUAGAAAAGAUUGGGAUACCUAGGGGGAGAUUAGGGGAGUUUGUGAAGAAUUACCCACAAGUUUUACAUGCUAGUGUAGUGGUUGAGCUUGUUCCGGUGAUUAGGUUCCUUCGCGGGCUUGAUGUUGAGAAAGAAGAUAUUGGAUAUGUGUUGCAAAAGUAUCCUGAAUUGUUGGGGUUUAAGCUUGAAGGUACAAUGAGUACAUCGGUGGCGUAUCUUGUUAGUAUUGGGGUGAACCCUAGAGAUAUCGGGCCAAUGGUGACACAAUAUCCGUAUCUAUUGGGGAUGAGAGUAGGUACGAUGAUUAAACCACUUGUUGAGUACUUGGUUUCAUUGGGUUUGCCAAAAAAGAUAUUGGCGCGAAUGUUUGAGAAGCGGCCAUAUGUUAUUGGUUAUGAUUUGCAAGAAACUGUGACACCUAAUGUUGAAUGUUUGAUUAGCUUUGGCAUAAGUAGGGAAAAAAUUCCUUUGAUUAUAGCACAAUACCCACAGAUUCUUGGGUUGCCUUUGAAGGCAAAAAUGUCAAGCCAGCAGUACUUUUUCAAUUUGAAGCUCAAGAUUCAUCCGGAAGGUUUUGCACGAAUUGUCGAGAGAAUGCCUCAGAUAGUUAGCCUUAAUCAGCAUGUUAUUAUGAAGCCUGUUGAGUUUCUUAUAGCACGGGGUAUACCUGCCGAGGAUGUGGCUAAAAUGCUCUUGAGAUGUCCACAAGUAGUGGCCAUGCCACUUGUGAUCAUGAAGAAUAGUUUUUACUUCUUCAAGAGUGAAAUGGGCCGUCCCAUAAAAGAGCUAGUUGAGUAUCCAGAAUUCUUUACUUAUAGCUUGGAAUCCCGAAUUAAACCUAGAUAUCAGAGAUUACAAAGUAAAGGGAUCAGGUGUUCCUUGGCAUGGUUUCUCAAUUGCAGUGAGAAAAGGUUUGAAGAAAGACUUCAGGCUGAUUUCUUUGAAGCUGAGAGCGCUGGCCCCACAUUCAACAUGGGUGGGAAGUUAGAACUGCCAGGAAGUUAUAAUGUAACAGAUGAAGAAGAUGAAAGUGAGGAUGAAGGGCUCUAUAGGCGCACUGUUUCUGUCUAGUUUUGUUUGUGUUUCAUAGCUAUGUACCAAAUAUGACAAAAGAUUAAAUGAAAGUCAAACUUUAUUCAUUUUCCCUAUAUCUUCAUUUAUUAUUUUUUUUUUGGCUUGCUUCACAAUGCAUUAUGCUAUUCUCGAAACUAAGUUUUAUAAUUUUUUUCUUUACCCCGGUAAGAUCACCGUAGUUGUCAGAAACGGAGAAACAGAGAGUAGUCUGAAGUUUGGACAAUGAAAUUAGGAAUUAUGUGCCAUUAAAAUAAAAAAAAAUAAAAAAAAGGAAUGAAAAUGAGUUUAGUUAGAUGUAUUCAAAUGUUGCCUACUUGUCUUCAGGUGUACUUAUAACAUAACUUAAAACGCAUAGGUAGAGUAUGACAUUAUGUGUGUGCUAAUGGCGAAGGUUCUAUUGAUUUGUAUGGCUGUGAGCCUGUAUGGUUGUGUUAUGUGAACUUGUAGCACACUGUAUGACUGAAUGAAGCAGGUUAGUGAUUUGGGGAUGGGGAUAAUGAUGGCCUAGGAUUGUUUGAUUCAUGUAACAGCUUAUUGGUAGCCCUUUAUCAAUGUGAUCUUUUAUUCUUGCUCAGGCUCUACUGACUUUGCUGUUGUUGAGAUGUGUAGAUUGUUGAUGCUUCUUGGUAUGCUACAACUCAUUAUGCAUUUUUUCCCCCUUUUCUUUUUGAGGCUGCGGUGGUGCUUUUUUUGUUUGUUUACUUUGGAAGUAUGUAUUGAUGUUUAGUGGCAAUACCGUUUCUCCAUAUGCCAGAGUGACCUCCCACCCCCCACCCCACCCCCCCCAAAAAAAAAAAAAAAAAAAAAAAAAAAAAAAAAAAAAACACUGAGAUUUCUGUCUGUCUUUUUUGGGCUAGGUGGUAUAGGCUGCCCGUUUAGAGUAGGCAUUGGGCAUUUGGUCAGGGCGUUGGGCAUUUGGUUCUCAACUUGCUAUGAAUAGCAAGCUUUGCAUGGAAUUGUGAAAGUUAUUUUUGUCAGUGUUGUAACAAGCUCCAGAGUCAUGUCACUGGCAACAGUGUACCAUGUCAAUUUUCUACAAAAUAAGUUACGAUUAAAUUGAUUUAAGGAAUCUCGUACAAGCCUACUACUUCAAUACCAGUGGAAGUCAUAUUAAGCUUCGUGGUAAUAUUUACGUUUUUAUUAGCUGUGACAUACUUUUUUUUUAAAAUACUAUUUUUAUGCACUUUUGGAAGUAAAAGUGGCUGGUUUUGUCCAUUUUUCAUGGUGAAUUAUUGACAGUACGAGGUGAGGUUAUGCAUCGUUUAUUACAGUGCUCAGGAGUUUGACAAGAUAAUGUGUGCCUUAUCUGCCAACAGGGCUGAGUUGCUCUCUUAGCAUGCUAUCUAUUAGCAGCUCGUUCUGCAGUAGCCUAACACUAUUUUGCUGCAAAAGUGCAAAACCAUUUUCACUAUCUUGGCCAUGUAUGUCUUGGGAAGGCUAAUAUGAUUUUUGUUUGGAAUUUAUAGACAUUUUCCCCCCAUCCCCCUUUGUAGAGGACUCCGGAGGGAGGGGUCGAUAGUGUGAAUGAAAUAGCUGACUAGUGACUACAGUACAAAAGACUAUAUUACUUUUUCGUAUAAACUUCCCUACCUUUGUACUCAAGUGAAGUGAGGAGGGAUCCAUUUGACAUAUGGAGCAAAUGGACCCAAUCAAAUCUGCAAGUGUGACAUGAUGGUAAGUGAAGCUGUGAAGUUGAGUAUGUUUUUGCCUUUUUGGUUAUAUAUAUUUACAUUUUAUUAUCUGCCUAUAUUUGGUUGUAUGUGUUGCCAAUGUCGCUUUGAAAUAUGUUGCUGAAUACUGAUAUCAAAUAACUAACUAAUUGCUAAGCACAGGGUAUUGUUGAGGACUUGAGGGGUUAGCUGAGCGCCUGAGCCAUGGUUUAUAAUUUGCAGCUUAGUGUAUUUAGGUAAUAUCGUGACACUCAAGUUCUACAUUUGUAGAGUGCAACUUUCAAUUCUUAACUAUCAUGGCUUCAUGUUUUUUCCUGCGUGCAAUAUCAAUAUUAACAGCAUAUUUCUUUUCUCUUUUUAUCAACUCAACAAUGCCAGGUUGAAUUUGAUAAAUCUCAGAUUAGUAUGAAAGAAGAGGAAAUGCCAAGUGGAAUAAAGAAAGAUGUAAUAGUCGAUAGGAGGAUAUGAUACUACUUUUGGCUCUCAUCCUUAUUACCCUGUUGAGAUAUUCCUGAAGACUUUUUUAUAUGUCUGGUGUUGAAGUGAACAGAAAAUUCACGUGACAUGACAGUAAGCCUAAACUUGCUCUAAUGCCUGCAAACUAAAUACAGUAUAACAAUUUGUAUGUAAUUCAUCAUUUAUCAUACUUUAAAGUAAAUCGUUUGCCUCUUUGAAAGCAUCCUUUUCCUUUUAUGCUCCUCUGGACAUUUUUUAAACUUCUUGAUUGGUUUCUUCUUCACGGCCUUAACAAUUUUAUCAUGCUUUCCAUGCCUCGCUGAUGUUUUUGUCUUGAUGGUAAUUCCUCAAGACUCAAGUUACUGACUCUAAAUGAUUAAAUAUUUCACUUCUAGGGACUGCUUAAAAUCAUAUCACGCUCAGUGUGUUGGAAAGGAUGAUUCAGCUCUGGACUGUGACGAGAGUUUCAGAUGUGGUAAAAAACUUUUUCUUUACUCUGUGUCUCACUGAGAUGAAUGAUCUUUUCUAUCUUUCCAUGUACUUGACAGGACACUUCACACAUCUUCAGUUGCUGAGUAAAAUUUGCAUAAACUAUGUUUUAUUGAUUAACUUGUGAUGUUACAUCUACUACAACCUUGGUAUUUAUUUUUAGGAAUACAGUCAAAUGUGAAAACAUUGCUCCUUCCAUUUCAUGUAUGGAGGUUAAAUCUCUAAUAUGAAUCAAUCAUAUCAUAGCCUUGAGUUUAUAUUAUAAAUACUUUCAUAGUUGAGCUUUGUUGUUAUGUUAUAUAUUACCAACCUCUAAUGGUGUUAGUAAGUUUAAAUGGUUUGAAAGAAAAUCAGAGGGGAGAAGUGCUUAGACAUCUGGGAAACUAAUUUUUUGACUAACCUGUCAUAUAAGUGAUUUACAAUGGGUGGGCCAUGUUAGGAGAGAUACAUACUCCUAAGCCCUUAGAAGUUUGUUAUCUGGUUUAAUACAAGGUAGGUAAAGAACGUGUUGUUUUAUCUUUUAUGGUUGUAAGUUUUGGUAAGGAUUGACCUUUUAGUUUCCUUUUCCCAGCCUUUGUAGGUUAUUUGGGUCCAACAUAUACUUUCUUAUCCUUCUUAUCUUUCUUGGUAGGGAAUCUAAUGAGUGUUUUAUUUCUUGAAGGAGUUCGAGGAUCUUACAUUUUUAAGAUUUCUAGUUUGGAGAAGUCAAUAUUCUUACUUUAUAGGUUCAGGGGCCAAAAAAGACAUCAUAUCCUAAUUUAGGCUCAUCGUGGGACUGGGGAGGCAAGAAUUCACUCCUUGCAUAUGCCAGGCAUUACUUGUAGACGAAGGGAGUAUUUAAUCUAUGAGGUUGAGGAGGCGAAGUAGGUAAACAAAAAAAAAAACAAAAAAAAAAAAAAAA